GCCCAAACCAAACAAAAUGGCCGAGCCCUUUUGAUAUUUGUUUGAUAUCUUUAAUGGGAAGUUCAUUAUUCAUGCUCUGAUUAAAAUAUGUCUAAAAGAGAGGGUAACGAUCGAAAUGAAAAAAAAUUGGAUCCUAGCGAUUACGAAAAUUUAAUAUCGCAACAUAGUAUUUUUGAAACGACAAGGACUAAACAUCAAGAAUUGCCUAGUUUCCCGGGAUUUUCAAACGCUGGCACCCAGACAAAGUCGAGUGAUUUGAAGGCACAAUCGGUGCAGUCUGGUUUGGGAGCGUGGCACUACAACCCAUGGUGGAUGUUAGCAGGUACGUCUCGAGGAGUUUCUUCACAAGAUGAUUUUUCAGAGACAAGUGAACAAGCUAAAAUUAAACAAGAACCUAGCGGAGCUGGUACUCCCGAUACAGACCAUGAUCCUCUACAAAGUGAAGUGGAACCUUUUCAAACUGCAACACCACCAGCAGGCUUAGAUUCGUUUUGUGAUGAUUGUUCAGAUCCUUUUUGCGAUUCCAGUGCGGCAAUGUGCCGUAGAUUAUUUCACUGCCCGCAUUGUCGGAAAAGCUACCCAACUAUUCUUGAAUUCAACACCCAUUUGACUGGAGUUCACCCAGCUCAAAAACCUUUUAGAUGUCAAAUCUGCUUGGAACCUUUUCAUAAGAAAUCUCAUUUAAGAAGACAUUUAGAUGCUAACCACACCCGAAAGGAUGUUAAUAAGUGUUCAGUUUGUUCGAAAUAUAUAAAAGACAAAAGCAACUUACGUAAACAUAUGCAAGUACAUACAGGACGGGUCCCUCAAAAACAAUUUAAAUGUGACCUAUGUAACAACAAGCGUUACAUGUCUCUGGAUAGACUUAAUAAUCAUAAAGUGGUGUGCACGGGGGAGAAAGUUCUAAAAUAUUGUGACAUGUGUACCAAAGUAUUUGAUAAUUCAAGAUCAUUAAACAGCCAUAAAAAGGUUCAUGCAAGAGAAUUGAAAUGUGAAAAUUGUGGUGAACAGCUUCGUUCAUUAGAACAAUUUACAAAUCACAAAAUGAUUUGCCAAGGAACAUCGUCUGACUUACCUGGUGUUAGUGGAACAUCUAGCACUGAUGUGCCACCUAUGAACCGAUGUUGCACACAACCAGGGUUGUGUGAACAUGAUAAACCAGCAUACCUCAACAUACCAGGCUAUGCUGCUGGCAGAAUACUUGAUGCAACACUAUCAUCUUUAAAAAGUGAUAUGAACUGAUGUAGUAUGGUGCACCAGUUUUUUUUUUUAAUUUACUACAGGUUUGACUUUUCAUGUUUUUUUACAGAUUACCAAAUAGUUAAAUCAAUGUCCGUAAUAAUUUUCACAAUUGAGAAUUUCACAAGACUGAUGCAAAUAUCCCGCCUCACAACUUGCUUUAUUAUUACCAUUUAAAUUAAGGUGUAGAAAGUAAGGUAAAUACAAUUAGGAUAACUUUGUAGACGAUGGACAUAUUCAUACAUUCAAAUAAACAGUGCCCUCUCAUAAUGUGUGUGAUUUGCAUAAUGUUUCACAAUUUGA